AGGAUCCGGUGUAACACAGAGCCAGGAAACCCGGUGAAACCCGGUGAAACCCGGAGGACUGUGCGGGGUGUCGGCGAGCUGCAGAGGCCGGAGGUUCCGUUCAUUUACCGGUUCAUUUACCGGUUCAUUUACCGGAAUAAUGGCGAAGACGUACGACUAUCUGUUCAAGCUGCUGCUGAUCGGUGACAGCGGAGUCGGUAAAACCUGCCUGCUGUUCCGGUUCAGCGAGGACGCGUUCAACACCACCUUCAUCUCUACUAUAGGAAUCGAUUUUAAAAUCCGAACAAUCGAGUUGGACGGAAAGAAAAUCAAACUGCAGAUUUGGGACACGGCGGGUCAGGAGAGGUUCAGGACCAUCACCACCGCUUAUUACCGAGGAGCCAUGGGCAUCAUGCUGGUUUAUGACAUCACCAACGAGAAAUCCUUCGACAACAUCAGGAACUGGAUACGAAACAUCGAGGAGCAUGCGUCCUCAGAUGUGGAGCGGAUGGUUCUGGGAAACAAAUGCGACAUGAACGACAAAAGACAAGUGUCCAAAGAGAGAGGAGAGAAGCUGGCGAUCGAUUUCGGGAUCAAGUUUUUGGAAACGAGCGCGAAGUCGAGCAUCAACGUUGAAGAGGCCUUCAUGACUCUGGGAAGAGACAUCAUGAGCAGACUCAGCAGGAAAAUGAGUGACAACAAUCCGUCUGGAGGAGGCGGGCCGGUUAAAAUCACAGAGUCUCGCUCCAAAAAAAGCUUCUUCAGGUGUUCGCUGCUGUAGGCGGAGUCUCUGCUCCUCCUCCUCCUCGUCUUCCUCCUCCUCCUCCUCGUCUUCCUCCUCCUCCUCGUCCUCAUCUUCCUCGUCUUC